AUGGUGGAUGACGAGAUGCCGCCAGUCGCCCCGCUGCAGGCGGUGGUGCCGAGUGGAUUCCAGGCUCCCAGCCGCCGUGAGGCCCUGUUUGGCCUCCUGGGUGCCGGUCUGGGUGUGGGGCUUUCAACCGUGUACUACAAGACCCAGUAUGACGACAGCCCCGAGGCCCUUGCUGAGGCCCUGGACGCCCUGCUGGAGGACCCCGAGUUCCUGGACGCAGUGGCGGACGAGGUGCUGUACAGCGAGUACCAGAACAACUUGGAGGUGGCCAACGAACAGCUGGACCAGCUGCGCAACCAGCUGCUCACAGAGGAAAUCCAGAAGAAGGGACAGUAG